UCACCGUUUGCACUUUCUUGCCCAAAAUCCGCUGUCACUUUUUCUUCAUCAAACACCCAAUUCUUCCUAACUCCUAACAGACCUUUUCUUCCUAACUCCUCAUCAGUCCUCCACUUUCCAAAAUUCCAACCCCUCUGCUUCAAAGUUCAAACUCCCAACUCCUCCCACUUCCUCUCCUAAAAUGUCUGACGGAGGCUUACUAGUUCUCGACGGCACUCACCUCAGCGCCGCCGAUAUCAAACUUCCGGAUGAACUAACCGUCGAUAUCGCCGGCGAUCGAGUUCUCCAAAUCGCUGACUCCAGAGCUUUCGAUUGCCUACACUCUCUCUCAUUGCCAGAGUUUUUGAAAUCUUCUGCUCUUCAACGGCUUGAUUUCGAUUUUCGAGGUCAGCUGCUUGAUAGAGAGCAAGCUGAGCGUCUUCUUCGUGAUUACAUUGCUGCGAUCGCUGAUGAACUGAGAGAUGAACCACUUGUGGUAUCAGUUCUGGAUGGAAGCAUAAUUCGUCUGUUUUUAGAAGAUGAAGAUGAUUUUGCUAUGUUGGCUGAGAAUCUGUUCACUGACUUGGAUACAGAAGACGAUGGGAAGCUAAGCAAGUGUGAAAUACGAAAUGCCUUAGUUAAUAUGGGAGUAGAAAUGGGUGUCCCUCCACUUUCAGAUUUCCCUAUGGUGAAUGACAUAUUGAAGAAAUAUGGAGCUGAAGGAGAAGAAAAAUUAGGCCAAGCACAAUUUGCACAAUUACUUCAGCCUAUUUUGCAGGAUUUGGCAGAUGCUUUGGCUUUAAAGCAUAUCACUGUCAUACAGAAUGUCAAGAUAACGAAUGGUUCUAAGCUAAAAAAGCUCUUGGCUGACAAGAACCAAUUAGAUGAUGUAACAGAGAAGAUCUACCAGAAAACCAGUAAUUGUCAGAAAGAGCAAGGAUGUGCCGAAAUAAUUAGGAGUUACGUCGAGAACAAUGGGAAUGAGUUAGGUCUACCACCUUUAGAAGCCAAUGAAACAGUUAUUCUUCUGUAUGAUGCAAUGUUUUCAGAAAUAGACAACAAGAUGGGAGCCAAGGAUAUGGAGAAAACUGAACUUGGAGGUCUCGUGAAGCAGAUUCUCCAGAAAUUCGCGGUAGAGUUACAAGCCAAUCCUGUUUUCCAUGAUAUUGCCAAUUAAGUUGAAGAGGUAGGGAGCUUUGUAACUUUAUAAUGUGUGCAUGUAUAAUUGACCCCAUUGAAUAUCAUGUUUUCUAUGGUUAAUAAGAUUGGAUUUCGAUGUGAUAAAGCAUAGCGUAAUACAGAAUUUGUUACCCCAAAUCUGGAAGAAUAUAUUUAGGUUAUCUGCAUUCUGCAAGACUGCAGCAAAUUGAGUGAUUGGCCAAUAUAUGGUCUCCCUGCCAGCUGCGAUAAUGUGUAUAUGGUAUGGUGGUAGUCUGUUUUUCAAGGAAACAUUCCGCUUUAAUUCAUUUAUAUUAAUGGUUAAUUAAGGUUCUGCAUGAA